AGGCGGUAUGCUAUCGAGGACAUUAGACUUCGAAGAGGGGUGAAUUGUGAGAUCCCACAUCGAUUGGAGAGGGAACGAGUGUCAGCGAGGACGCUAGAUCCCGAAAGGGGUGGAUUGUUAGAUCUCACAUCGAUUGGAAGGAGAACUACGCCUCCCUUACAAUGUCCAGGCUAAUGACGAAGAUGAACAGCAACAUUUAUAAAGAUUUAUGGAAUUUUUUUUGUUCUAAAUUGUUCAAGAAAUUGCUUGGUUUCUUACGAACAUCUUCUUCCUUCGAACUCUUUUCUUGCUUCACCGUGACCGCCCGCUUCAAAUCAAGAACUUUCUGAUGAGCAACCAGACAGCCAAAUUUAUUUAGGAGAUAGCUAGGAAUUGGACUUUGUAGCUUCAUUUUGAUGGCUAUUGUUGAAUCCAUACUUGAUCUUCAGGUACAAGAUCCACCUGAGGAAGAGUUCUAUUCUGCUGAUUUGACUUGGACCAAGUUUGGCAAUGUCGAACACCAUGACCACUGAGUUGCAUUCGACCUAUUGGCUAGAUCGCUAUGCUGAUGAAAGUGACUCGUUUCAAAAUGUCAAGGAUGAGUAUAUUUCUUCUACUUCUUGGCACCGUGCUUUGCAAAUUCCGGAUUCUUCAGUUACCAUGGAUGAUGAGAAUCACCUUUUUGCCGAAGUUUUGAGCCAAAAGGACAGAAGUGUUUCACAUAUAGUGUGGAAUCCAGGGUCAGAAUUCUCAUUUUGUGCUUGUUCUUGGUCAAUGCAAGGAAAUCUUUGCAAACACGUGAUCAAGGUGAAUAUGAUCCGUUCACAUGGAGGCACUGCUCGAGUCUUGUCGUUGAGAUUUCGAAGUGGGUCCAAAAUUGAAGCUCGCCACACACAUUUUCAUGUCCAAAAAACCCUAAUCACAGCCAUGGAUUGCCAAUUGGGAGUGAGGAAAUCUCACCUUAUCCACACUCUCACCACAAUUCCUUAUCCAAUUCCAUCUCAGACGUCGUUCAUUUAUCAGAUUCCCUCAUAAUCCCAUUUCCCUAUUAAC